AUGACCCAGCCCAAGUUCCGACCCGACACCUACGUUGAUCCCACUCCGGCAACCCCCACUGCCUCCCACCCUCCCUCGAGGGCGCACUCUUCUGCUUCGCGGUACGGCCAUUCACGUACGACGUCCGAAGUGUCGCCCACGAGAUCAGAUGCCGCGUAUGACGACCGCCGGUACAUGAGCGAGGAUGAGCAGGAAAGAGGCUCUCGUUCCGAGAUACAGAGCAUCAUGGAGCAAUUUAGUGAGGAUGGCGGUGGCCCUGGUGCGGAAGAGGUCAUGAGUCCCCGGCUAGAGAUCACCUCGCCUCACUUGGCAAGCCCGCAGCAGCAUCCUCCUAGGAAGUCGAGCCUCGAACCGCUCUCGAACAACCUGGCGGGCCAGCUCGGACUUGGCCGGCCUUCACAUUUCGGGCGAGUCUGCUUCCGACUCUAA